GGAUAUCUACUUUUUUGUGUAACGCAAUUGGAAAGGCAGGAUGUCAUCCUGGGUAGACCAAGUCAGGUCGUCACAUAACCUGCAGUUGGCAGCCACCGCAGUCGCCUCAGGACUGCUGGUUGGAAGUGCGAUUUUGGGUUUGCAAAAGGCGAAGCAACAAUAUCGAGUUUCUGACCUCAAGAGCUCGAUUCCAGAUCUCGAUAAAGAUGAGAAUGUCGUAAGAAUAAACGAUUUCGGUGGUGCUGUGCAAGAUGCUUCAAAAUCAACAAAGGAGGAUGAAAGAAGUGCUGCUCUGGCUACAAGGGCACGUUUGGGAGAUUAUGAUGAAGAUCUGAUCCUAGAACAAUUGGCACGUAACCGCGUCUUCCUUACUGAUGACGGCUUGAAGAAACUUCGAAACGCAUUCAUCAUCAUUGUUGGAGUAGGUGGUGUAGGCUCUCACGCUGCGGCUGCUCUUGCUAGAUCUGGAGCUGGAAGACUACGAAUCAUUGACUUUGAUCAAGUCACUCUUUCUUCCCUGAACAGACACGCCGUGGCCACUCUUGCGGAUGUCGGAACACCAAAGGUACACUGUCUACGCAAACGCCUCGAACAAAUCACACCCUGGACACACUUCGACUGCAGAAACGAACUCUUCGUCGGCUCAACGGCAGAAGCCCAAUUGGCACCAUGGGCAGAUGGCCACAAGCCCGACUUCGUAAUCGACGCUAUUGACAACAUCGAAAGCAAAGUUGACCUCCUCGCCUACUGCCACAAGCACAACAUUAAAGUCAUUUCUUCCAUGGGUGCAGGCUGCAAAUCCGAUCCCACACGUGUCUUCAUCGGCGACAUCUCAAACAGCACAGACGACCCUCUCUCCCGCUCCACUCGCCGCAGACUUCGUGCAAAGGGCGUCAAAGACGGCAUCCCCGUCGUCUUCUCCAGCGAAAAGACCGCACCUGGAAAGGCACAACUCCUCCCCCUCUCGGACGAAGAACAUGCAAAAGGCAGCGUCGGCGAACUCGGUGUACUUCCAGAGUUCAGAGUCAGAAUCUUGCCCGUGCUCGGAACCAUGCCUGCUAUCUUUGGUCUCUGCGUUGCCAAUCACGUGAUGUUGGCCAUCAGUGGUUACCCCCAUGAAUAUCUCUCUUCGAAAUCUAGGGAUAAGAUGUACGAUGGCAUUCUAGCCAGUUUGCAAGGCUCCGAGGAGCGCGUCGCCCGCCACAUGUCUCACGAUCCCAUUGGUCUCCGCAUCCCCAUCACCGCCGAAGACGUCGGCUACACUGUCGAAGAAAUCUACCGCGGUCGAAGUGCAGUCAGCGGUCUUGCCAGUCGUCUUGCACUCACACGCUGGCGCAAACCCGAGACCGAUUUUAUUGACUCUUCAAUCCAGGGUCAAAAGAGCUCGAACCUGCAAAUCAAGGAUUUGGUCUUGAUGACCAAGGAUGAAGUUAUGCAGCAUGAGAAGUUGGUGCUCAAGGGUGACAAGACACCUGAGGACGUCUAUGAUGCAAAGGUUAUCAAGCUUGUGGAGGAAAGGAUGAAGGAGGAGGCAAAGUAUCGUGAUUUGAGAUAGAAUUGAUGCGUUGAUGGAUAACAACACGACUUCUAGAAUACAAAAGAUCUUCUCUCUCACUUACCUGGUAUAUCUACUGCAUGAGAGGGCUGAAGGAAGUUGUCGGACGAUGACAGGGUGAUACCGUUAGCAACAUUUUCACGACAUCGAUCUCCUC